CCCGGGGGAUGGUUCCGAGGAAGGGGGCGGAAAGGGGCCGCUGGCCCCGCCCUCAGUCCCUACGCUUCGGAGGUCAGCGCUUCCCCCUUGGCAGGAUUCGUUUGUCGCCGCUGCGGCCAGCCGAACUUUCUUCAGAUUCUGGGUAUCCCUGCCACGAGGAACCCAGCCAGGAGCCGCGGAGCCGCGGGCGCCCACACCCCACACCUUCCUCAGCGCUCUCAGCCUGAUAUCGCCCCAGCAGGGAUGGGCGACAAGAACCGGCUGCCCUUCCCCGUGUUCCUCCUGGCCGCGCUGCCCACAGUGCUGCCACCGGGGGCGGCCGGCUUCACGCCCUCCUUGGACAGCGACUUCACCUUUACCCUUCCGGCCGGACACAAGGAGUGUUUCUACCAGCCCAUGCCGCUGAAGGCCUCGCUGGAGAUCGAGUACCAAGUUUUAGAUGGAGCAGGAUUAGAUAUUGAUUUCCAUCUUGCCUCUCCAGAAGGGAAAACCUUAGUUUUUGAACAAAGAAAAACAGAUGGAGUUCACACUAUAGAGACUGAAGUUGGUGACUACAUGUUUUGCUUUGACAAUACAUUCAGCACCAUUUCUGAGAAAGUAAUUUUCUUCGAAUUAAUCCUGGAUAAUAUGGGAGAGCAGGCACCAGAAGAAGACUGGAAGAAAUACAUUACUGGUACAGAUAUGUUAGAGAUGAAACUGGAAGACAUUCUGGAAUCCAUCAACGGCAUCAAGUCAAGGUUAAGCAAGAGUGGUCAUAUACAAACUCUGCUUAGAGCAUUUGAAGCUCGUGAUCGAAACAUACAAGAGAGCAACUUUGAUAGAGUCAACUUCUGGUCUAUAGUUAAUUUAGUGGUCAUGGUGGCAGUGUCAGCCAUUCAAGUUUAUAUGCUGAAGAGUUUAUUUGAAGAUAAGAGAAAAAGUAGAACUUAAAAGUAAGGUUAACAUUGAAAAAGGGAAGUAGAAGGAUGUAGUACAUUGUUACAGUCCAUUAACAGUCUUCUCCAAAAUGUUUCAGGAAUUAUUAACUGUAAAACAAGGAAAUUUUUUAUGUGAAAGUCAUCACUUUUCUUUUUAUAGACCCAGUUGUUCCUAAGUGUGUAUGAGCACAUUUAAAUGUAAAAUAUACAUUUUAACUAAUAACUGCAUUUUUCUAACUUUGAACACUGGGACUAUAAACAACACCAAUCUUUCACCCAACUUUGUAAAACUAUAGAAAAUUUCAAUGUAUUAGGUUAUAAAUAAUCU